AUGUCUAAACCACAACAAUAAAAUAUAGAAAAAUCAUAGUAAAAUAACGAAAAUAAAUAAAAGCUCACCUAAGAAGAGCUCGAGAAAAAAUGGAAUUAAAGAAUACUUACCGAAUCUGGUUUAACAAAGGAAUAAUUUUACGAAAACAUAACAAAAUUAUAAUCAGAAGUCGACACAAAAAAUAAAGAAGGAGAACAAAAAUUCUUAGAUCAUGAAAAUUUAAAAAAAAUAUAAUCCGCAAAAUCGAAAGAACAUAGAUAUAAAUAUGAAAUUGAAGAUUAAAAAAUACCAAUAGAUGGCGAUUUUGUUGCAGGAUCAUAAAUUUUUACAACUUAAUGUUAAUCAUGUCAUUCUUUAGAAAAAGAUAAUGCUGGAAGAAAGACUAGUGGACCUGGAUUAGGACUUAUUUAUGGUAGAAGGGCAGGAGCUGAUUAUUAUUAUAAUUAUACCCCGGCAUUAACUUAUUCUUCUCAUAUUUGGAAUACAAGAAAUCUUUUUUAUUUUUUAUAAAAUCCUAAAAAUUUCAUAAAAGGAUGCAAAUGUGAAAUAAAAAAUGGAGGUAUUUAGAGUGAAGAAGAAAGAUCAGAUUUAGUAGCUUUUUUAAAAAUAUUUACUAAGGAAUUUAGCGAAAAUUUAAGAAUUAAAGCUGUUAAAACUUAUGGAGCUGAUUACAUUAAUAUUAAUGCUGAAACUGAAGACUUAUUACAAAAAGAAAAAACAAGAAGAAAUUAAAAAAAAUGA